AAAUUCCUAACCAUAAAAAACGUCUGUUAUUAAUUAAUGCUUUUAUAUAAUGUAAAGCAGUGUGUUUGUGUUAAUUGAGCGACUUGUGUAUAUUUUAUUCGCAACAUUUUUUAUGUGUUCAUAAAAAUUAUUAAUUUUCAUUUAAACUAUUAAUCAAAAUGUCCUUUCAGUUUAAUAUUUCACCUCCAACUAAGCUGAAACCUGUUACGGAGCCCACUAAAGUUGAAACAGAUGAAACACCAGUUUUAUGCCUAGCUCCAUUCACAUCAAAUCCAAAAAUCUCUUUUGAUAAUAUUAAAAUUGGAACUACUGAAUCACGAUUGUUGAUUCUCAGAAACCCAUCAAGUCACAAGAUUGAAAUCUCAGUAAUUAAGCAACCUCCACCUGACAGAAACUUUAAAAUCCUUUUUGACAAAGGUAUCAUACCUUCAAAAAGUGAAAUUGCAGUUGAACUAGUUUGGUGUCCACUAUGUGAAGGUGCCUGGAGAGAUACUGUCAUAUUUGAGAGUGGUCGACUCAAAAAAGAUGUUGUUAUAUCAUACAAGAGCAUACCAGAGAAAAAAACACAAAAAACAACAAAGAAAGUGAAUAUGCCGAGAGUUGUUUCAAAAAAAGUUAAAACGCCCCCAAAAAGUAACAAACCAUUAAAGUUAAGUAAAUUUUCUCCUCAAAGAAAGACCAAGAUUUCCCCAUUUUCUCAAAAUCUACCAAGAAGAUACAACUCCAACAAAGUUACAAAUUUUAAUAUUAAAAAUUUUGGAAACGACAAAGAAAAUCAAAAACCUCUUCAUAAAUCGCAUCCCUUAGAUAACAGUAACUUCAUUUCUCCCUCAAAAGUAGAUUUUGAACAUUCAAUUGAGAGUGAUAUUAGAUUUUCUCGAAAUACUUAUACUGUAAGACAAAAUGACUACAUGGCACAAAUAAAGAUCGAAAAUUUUGACGACAGUCUUGAAAAGCUGAAAGAAAGUCUAGAAAACCCUUUUGAGCAAGACAAAAUACAUUUAAAGGAUUUAUCAAACAUGAUUCAUGUCCCAGGAACUGCUUUUCAAUCACCUAAAAAUAGUCUCCAUAAUAAACUAAAUUCAUCGAUGUUUCAAUUAACUCCAGUACAAGCUCAUAAAGACAUAAGAGUUUCAUUAGAAUUGCAUCCAAAUAUAUGUUCCACGAACAGAAAAUCUAUCCACAUAGAAGAAAAAGUUAAGACUGAAAUGAUUCCGAAACAUGGUCUGCGACUCUCUGCCUUUAAUUUUGAUUUCUCUUUUACGAAUGGUAAAGAAAACACCCCGUCAGGUGGUCAGGAAAACUUUAAUAUGGAGAAUCGAUUUUCCAACGAUUUCUGCAUGAAAAACAACAUCAAUACUGAAACAUACAUCUCAGAAAGAAACAGUGACACAUACAUAAAAGAAAAUUUAGAUAAACCAAGAAUUAGCGACACGUAUUUUAGAGAAAUUGUGACAUGUGACAAAGGUAACAUUAGCACAGAAACAUAUACAAAAGGCAGUCCUAAAAGAAAUAUUUCUAGCGAAACGUACGUAAAAAGUAACUUAAUAAGUAGUGAAGCUAACGUUAAAAGUACUAUCAAUGAGACAUAUCUUAAAACCAAUAUAAGUACAGAAACCUACGGAGAUAUACACAACAUAAGCACAAGUACUCGUCUGGGAGAAGAGCCCUUUUCAGGGAAUUUUGUCUGCGCUAUUUCUCCUAUGCACCAGUUAAACCUGUCAGGCGAGGGAGUAAAAGGAAUCUUGGAAGCAAACUUAUGGUGUAAGGAAAAGCCUGUACAACUAGAUUUUAUAUCUGAAGAAACUCAUUUGCCCACCACGAGCAGUAGUGAAAGUGAAAAUGAUAGCCCUAGGAAAGGUUUAAAACGAAAGUCAAAUAUUCAUUUGUACCUAACGCCCCCUAAAAAGACUUGUGGUUCAAAUGCCACCAACUGGAACAGAUCUCGGUAUAGACGGUCAAGUAUUUUGGAUAAAUCAAAAACGACAGUCGUAUCAGCUCAAAAAAAUCAGAAUUUCGACAUCAAUAUAAAAAAUCCCUUUAUAAUAGCCGCAACGACAUCCAUAGACCCUUUUCUUAAUAGAACUUGUUACGACCCAGAAUGGAUCGAUGCUCAAGAAAGAAACUUCGUCAAAUGUCUAAAUCUAUUACUUACACCUCCUGAUGAGCUCAAUGCUCAUGAAAAUCCUCCAGAUGUUGGAAAAAUAUGGCAAGAGUCUAAACAAAAAGAUCUUUCUUUUGCCCCUUCUAAACAGCAAGUAACAAAAAACUUCUUUUUCACAGGACGUUUGAACAAUCUACGUAAAACAGCAUUAAGCCUAUACAGAUCAGAUGAGAUAAGAGACGUUAUCCAAAAAAUUGGGGCGAUAGUAGACUCAAACAAGCUUUCAAUUAGAAAAGAUAAAAAUCCUCAUCUUAAUGUAAGUCUACAGUCAGAAAUUAUGAAGCUCUUUCUAAGUUAUAAUCCCUUUUGGCUACAAAUCGGUUUGGAAGUCGUUUUUGGAACGAUAAUUGAACUUCAACCAAAAUCAAUUAUAGCGAGUUUACAUCACUUUUUAAAAGAGAAAUUCUUUAAAAAUGCGUUUCUCCUACGCAAAUACAAAACUCCACAAUGUGAAAAAUACACGUUAGAAAUCAAAAAGAUAAUCCUCAAGAAAUUUUUAUAUAUCGUCUACUUUUUGGACGUCGCUAAAAACAAAAAAUUAAUCUUCUACGAUCCUUGUCUCUUCUCCAAAAAGGCGCAAAUUAAAGAGAGUAGAGAAAUACUGCUGCAUUUUUCUAAAGAACUUCUUUAUGCUGUAGGCGAUGUUACCAAGUACCUAAAACCAUUUGGGUAUGUCUUGACUUACAAGCAAAGUUAUAUUCACGAGUAUGAAUAUGCAAUUAAAGAAUUAAGUUCUGACCUUCGCGACGGUGUGCGUAUAACAAGAAUAGUUGAGCUAAUAUUGUUACGAAACGAUUUGACCAAUGAGCUGAGGGCUCCCGCCAUUUCACGUCUUCAAAAAGUACAUAACGUCAGAGUAGCUUUUGAAGCUUUAAAUUCUUCUGGUUUCGAAAUAAAGGGAGAUAUUGUACCAACUGACAUCGUUGACGGACACAGGGAGAAAACUCUUUCUUUACUUUGGCAAAUAGUGUAUAAAUUUCAAGGGCCAAGAUACAAAGAAGCUGCAUUAACAAUUCAAAAUUGGUGGAGGAGCCUGAGGGUUCAAAUCAGAUUGAGAAUUUUAAUAAAACAACGUGAAACUUACGAAAAGGCUGCAAGUACAAUACAAAGAUGGUACAAAAGGCAAAAACUAUCCCAACUUAUUUUACGUCAAUUGGUACCAAUAGCGAAAAUAGUUACUGAAGAAAAGAAAAUGCUCAUCGCUGCCCAGAAAAUACAAAGCUAUUUACGAAUGAGAGUAGAAAGGAGCAAAUAUUUAAAAUUUAAGGCUUUAAUGAUUUUGUUGCAAAGUCAUUGCCGAAAAUAUUUAGUAAAGAAAAGAGUAGAAAAGCGAAAAUGGGCCAUAGUGAAAUUGCAAUCUUUAUGUAAAGUUUGGGUAGCAAAAAAUAAAUUCCUACGACUAAAAGUAGCUACUAUAACAAUUCAGCAAGCCUUCAGGGGAUAUUGGAAUAUGAAACAAGCUAGAAAAUAUUUCCUAAAUUUACGCCAGGCGUGUAUAACAAUUCAAAGAAGAUUCAGAGCGAACAAGUCUAUGAAAAUCGAAAGAAAUUUGUACGUAAAUCUACGAAAAGCUACUGUUAUUAUUCAAAGAAGGUAUAAAGCCACCAUUGCAAUGAAAAAAGAAAUGUAUAACUACAGACAAUUAAAAUCGGCUACAGUUGUAAUACAAUCACAAUACAGGGCCUAUAAAAUUAUGAAACAUGAAAGAGCAAAUUAUCAUCAAUUACGAGAGGCAACCAUUAAAAUCCAAAGGAAAUAUAGGGCAAAUAAACUUAUGAAAACUGAAAGACAAUAUUACAGUAACCUUAAGAAUGCUACAAUUUUCGUUCAAAGAAAAUACCGAGCAAAUAUUGCUAUGAGAAGGCAAAAAUAUGAGUACAACUCCCUAAAAUCUGCAGCACAUACUAUCCAAAGGCAGUAUAGGGCCUUAAAAGCUAUGAAAUCAGCCAGAAAUUAUUACAUACGAUUACGUGCAUCUGUUAUUUUAAUUCAGAGUAGGUACAAAGCGAACAAAGCUACAAAAAUUCACAGGAUCCACUAUUUGCAAUUUAAACAUUCAGUUAUAUUUAUCCAAAGAAAAUUUCGAGCAAACCAAGAAAUGAAGAAGCAAAGAGACCAAUAUCGUCGUAUCAAAACUGCCACUGUUAUUUUACAAAGACGAUAUAGAGCAUUAAGAAUUGCAAGAAUUACGAAACAAAACUACCUACAACUGCAAAAAGCAACAAUUUUAAUCCAACAGAGAUUUAGAGCGAACGCCGCAAUGAAAAUACAAAGAAAAUAUUAUGUAAAGUUAAAAGAAACUGUGAUUUAUAUUCAAAAUAAAUUUAGAGCAAACAGAACUUCAAAAAUAGCAAGAGAGAAUUUUCAAAACUUACGUUCAGCCGUCAUUACUAUUCAGAAUCAUUAUAGAACUUUGAAACAAAUGAAAAUUGCAAGAAACCGUUAUCUAGAUUUGCAAAAAGCAACGCUUUAUAUACAAAGGUUAUUCAGAGCCAAAAAAUGUAUGGAAGAGACUAGGAAUGGUUUCCAAAAAUUACGAAAAGCCACAAUAAUAAUUCAAAGAAGAUACAGAGCUUUGAAGCUAAUGAGGAAAGAUAGAAAUAACUAUAUGGAAAUAUGUAAAGCUACAGUAUUAUUACAAACGAAAUAUAGGGCUAUGAAAAUAAUGAAAAUUGCAAAAAAUAACUACCAUAAUUUACGAAACGCUACAAUUACAAUUCAGAGACGCUACAGGGCUUUAAAACUCAUGAAAGGUAUCAGAAACUAUUACUUACAAGUGUAUAAAGCAACAGUUUUUAUACAAAGAAAGUAUAGAGCCAAUAAAGCUAUGAAAAUUGCCAAAAACGAUUUUCAGAAUUUAGUCCAAGCUUCGAUAACAAUCCAAAGAAGAUAUAGAGCUAUGAAACGAAUGAGAAUAGUUAGACAUAAUUAUUUGAGGAUAUAUCAAGCUACUUUGCUUUUGCAGAGAAAAUAUAAAAGUUAUGUAAUAACAAAAAUUGCGAGAAAUAACUUCCAAACAUUACGUCAAGCUGUGAUUAUAAUUCAAAAAAGAUUUAGAGCUCAAAGAUUAAUGAAAAGUGCAAGAAAAGAAUAUCUCGAUUUACAAAAAGCAAUACAAAUAAUUCAAAAACGUUACAGAGCUCAGAAAGCAAUGCACAGUGCCAAAGAAACUUACCAAAAUUUGAAACAAGCUACAUUAACAAUUCAAAGAACAUACCGAAUGAAAAUGGUAAGAAAAUAUUAUCUGGAAUUGCGGAAAAGAACUAUUUUCAUACAAAGACUGUACAAGGCCAAUAAAGCUAUGAAAAGUGCUAAAAAUGAUUUCCAAAAAUUGAAAAACACCACUGUAGGAAUUCAAAGAAGGUACCGAGCUUUAAUAUUAAUGAGAGAUUCAAAAAAUAAUUACCAGAAUCUAAAAAGAGCAACUAUCGUAAUACAAAGGCACUUCAGAGCUAAAAGAGCUAAAGAAAUUGCAAGAAAUGAUUUCUUAAACUUACGUCAUUCCGCAAUUGUAAUACAGAAGAGAUAUCGGGCUAUAAAAUUAAUGAAAACCGAGCGAAACAAUUAUCAACAAUUAAAACAGGCUACAAUAACUAUACAAAAUAGAUUUAGGGCAAACAGAACCAUGAAAAUUGUUAAAAGGGAUUACCAAAACCUACGUGAAGCCACAAUUAAUGUCCAACGAAGAUAUAGAGCUUUGAAAUUAAUGAAGAAUAACAGAUGUGAUUAUUUAAAUCUAAGAAGGGCUGCAAUAUUUGUUCAAAGGAAAUAUAGAGCAAAUAUGAUGAUGAAAAUUGCUAAAAUCGAGUAUCAACGUUUACGUAAUGCUUCAAUUACAAUUCAGAGGAAAUAUAAAGCUUUAAAAUCAAUGAAGAACGCUAGAGAUGAUUAUUUGCAAUUGCAAAAGGCGGCACUAUUUGUACAAAGGAAAUAUAGGGCUACCAUGGCCAUGAAAAUGACGAAAACAUAUUUCCAGAUGAUUCGAAAAUAUACGAUCGUUAUUCAAAGAAGGUAUCGAGCAUUAAGAUUAAUGAAAUCUGUCAGGAAAGACUACUUAAACAUAUAUAAAGCCACUUUAGUGAUUCAACAAAAGUAUAAAGCCAAUAAAGCUAUGAAAAUUGAAAGAGCUUACUAUAUCAAGUUAAAAACUUUAACAGUAGUACUUCAAAGAAGAUAUAGGGCUAAAUUAAAAUCAAGAAUUGCUAAUGCUUUGUAUUCUAAACUAAAAACCGCAUCAAUUAUAAUUCAAAGGGCGUUUAGAAGGUAUUUACUAAUGAAAAAAACUCGACAACAGUUCUUGCAAAAGCAUAAUGCUGCAAUAGUGAUACAGAGAAAAUUCAGGGCCAAUGAAUUAAUGAAACAACAACGAAUUUAUUAUAUAAGCCUUCGAGAAAAAGUUAUUGUUCUUCAAGUAAAGUACAGAGCAAAAAGGGCAAUGUUAAGGGAAAUUCAUAAGUAUAACAAUCUUCGAAAUGCCACUGUGACCAUACAAAGGUGGUAUAGAUCAAUUAAUUUAAUGAGAACGCAAAGGCGCGAAUACAUUUUACUAAAAAAAUACACAAUUCUAAUUCAAAGGAGAUAUAGGGCUUCAGUAGCAAUGAGAAAUGAAAGGCAAAGAUAUUUAACGCUUAAAAAGGCCGUUAUUAUAAUACAAAACAGGUUUAGAGCAAAACGGCAUAUGAUUAACGAUAGAUCGCGAUAUUUGAAUCUGAAAAAAAUUGUGGUAAAAGUCCAAAGGACUUUACGAGAAAAGAAAAUAGAAAGAGAAAAAAUGGAGGCCAUCGUGAACCUACAGAGAUGUAUUAAAGGAUAUUUGUUCCGCAAAAAGUUCAAAAAAGAAUUUACAAGCAGGAGACAAGAACGGGAAAAACAAAUAAAAGAACAUAAUGCAGCAAUAAAAAUUCAGGCCAAUUGGAGAGGUUACUUCGAAAGAAAAGGGAGUUCUUCAGAAAUAAAUAAUAUUUACAGUAGACUUGAAAAUGCAACUAAUAACGCACAUCCAGAAAAGACACUUGGUCAUAGAAGGGAACAAUGCUUGCAUCUUCUUAUUCAGGAUAAUCCGUCAAUGGGUCAGAUUAUACGUGCUCUCACUGAUCUUGAUUUCAUCACCAGAAGGUGUCGUGAUACAUGCAUGAAACUCAGCAAAAUAUUACCCGAAAAUUUAUUCAAGAUGAUAAUAUCUGCAAUUCGAUCUUUACCGGAUAUGAAAGCGAGCGUUUUAGCCACUAGUAUUUUAAUUAAUUUCUGUAAAUAUCCCCCAACCAAAGAAGCCUCUUGGGUGCCCGAAUAUAUCGAGCGAACGUUCCAAGUAAUGUUGCACUGGUGUGAUAAAGAUGAACCUCUUUUUCCUUAUCUUUGCACAUUGAUCUGGCUUUACGCCCACAACGAAGACUAUCGUAAGUACAUCGUUCAGAUUCCUAAUAUAGUAAAUAUUCUCACCAAAAUGAAAGGACUUUGCCAAAGAAAACAAAAAAUGUGGGAAAGGUCAUCCCUGAAAGGAAUUUCGUUGUUUUCGGUGUACAAAAAUUUACCUAUACCCCUAACGACCCCCGAUUGGGGGCUAGAUUACGUAGAUCAUCCCCGAAUUUUUAACAACUCAGUACACGCUUUAGAUUGUUUAAUAAAACAAUUACGACUGAAAAUUAAGUAAGCAAUUACAGUCUAAAAAGUUUUAUAAGUACAACGUAUACUUCACCUUUUUUUUUAGUAAAUGUUUAUAGUAGUCGUAAG